AUGGGAGCACAGAAGCGCAAGAUGGAUGGAGGAAUCAAGUCAGGCCCAGUUCCCUUGGAAGUGUCCAAUGAAGAAAGUUUCCUCUCCACAUCCUCAACCCCAAACGAACAAGACGACAUAUUGAUCUGGGAAAGUGAUGAUUCAGACAGUGAUGAAGAGGCAAAAGAAUCCGAAACAAAUGACGAUGAUACCGCUAGCGUCAGCCAGAGUACAAGUAAUAUGGGAGAAUUACAAGAAAGCUACGAAGAUUUGCAGGCUCAAAAGGAAAUUACUGAUAAAAACACCAAAAGCUUAAAAGCAAAAUCUACCACACCAAAAGAAAAGAGUUCUAACCACUAG